AUGGCGUCGGGAAUGGACACGAGACUCCUUUUCAUCCCUUAUCGACCUAUAAGCGGGACUAAGAAGACCCCUGCAGGCCCCGGCAUCUCUUUGCAGAAACAUGCUGCGCGUGAGUACCAUAGAAAAGCCAAAUUAGCCCGACUCGCUCGAGCCUACGCAAAUAGCAGCAGCAGCCACAAUGUACGUGAUGAUCCAGGUACAGGGUUUCGUCGCGACAGAUCAGGGCAAGGAUCUCGGCGUCAAGGUGCUGGGGUAGACGACGUGUCGACCAGCCAUCAGAAAUCAUCCCGGGACGACGACGACGACGAAAAGAACGCUUUCCUAAUGCGGACAGAGGAUGUUGCUGUCACACACCGUCCGCCAUCACCCCUCGACGUCGUCGGCGUAGGCCAGCUGGACCCCUUCAACGUCCUAAUUCGACGAAACGUGCCUCACUACGUGCAGGAGAUGCUAGACCAUGCGCUCUCUCACCAAUGGCCCGUGUUCUCCUGCUCCGUCGCCGCCGGGGCGAUCAGCGAGAUCAAACACACGAUCCUGGAGAGUGCCAUGCGUUCGCCCGCGGCCUUCUACACCAUCGUCUUUGCCGGCGCCACGCACAAUGCCUUUGCCCACACCGGCAUGCCAGUCACCCGUGAAAACCAAGUGCUUCGUCUGACGUACAAGACCCAUGCGAUCAAGGCUCUGAACAGGGAAAUCUCAUCACGCAUGCAUGCCACAACGAGUGUCUCGGACGAACUUUUACUCUGCAUGGUGACUCUUGGAUUCCACGGGUCCGGGGACACGCUGAUGCCGAGAUCACAAGCCACCGACGACUCUCCUUUGCUGGUGGCCCAGAAUUUCCACUUCUACGGCCAUAUGGACUGGGAAAUGGCACAUUUCAACGCCGUCAAGGUCAUGAUCAGGCAGAGAGGCGGCUUCCAUACCAUCGAGCAGGAGUUUUUGUCUAAUGUCAUUGCAUUAGCAGAUGUGAUUGAGGCUUUCAAGAAUCUAACUGCUCCAACGUAUCCUCUGCGUAUCACUACGGCAAGGUUGAUGGCCAUCUGGCCUUACCCUGACCCGCAUUCAAACACGGUGCCGCAAGCCCUACAAUUGCUGGCGACCAGCUUCACCAAUCUACCACCGCCAGCAGCUGUACAGCUAGAAGACCCUCUCGUACAAACAAUCGAAACCAUCCGCGACGUGACCAUCGGCUAUGAUCUGUACAUGAGAAAAGACCCGACGGCACCCCGGCAUAUCCACGUCGUGUGGGCGAGAAACACGUUGUUGCACGAUCUCCUACGCCUUCCGGACAGGUCGUGGGACGACAACCCCCUGAUUUGGGAUUCUUGCAUUUACGAAAUAUGCCGUCUCGGUACAUUGGCUUACAUGCUGCUGGUUCUGUUCCCGCUUCCUCGCGUCUCCGGGUUACACUACACUCUGGCACGACGGAUCCAACAUGCUCUCGACAGUUGUCUCGUUUUCGAUCUGUGGGAACGUCACGCCGAGUUGCUCUUGUGGGCGACAACACUCGGUGGCAUUCUAGCCGAGGCAUCGACGUUGAGACCAUGGUUUUGCCAAGUUGCGAUCAAGCUUUGCAGGGAGCUUACUUUGUAUUCAUGGACUGAUAUCAAGGGUGUAUGUUUGACGUUUCUGUGGUAUGAACAAGACUGUGACAAACUCGGUGAGGACUUUUGGAGGGAAUUGAAUCUGGGACCAUGGCGAAAUCUGGUGCCAUGA